UGGUGGACUACAGUCCAUGGGGUUGCAAAGAGUUGGACAUAACGGAGCUACUAACACACACUUUGUACAGCAGACACCAAUACAACGCUGUAAAGCAGUUAUCCUCCAAUUAAGCAAAAAAGAUCUAGCUAAUUCCCAGGGGUUCACCACCCAACAUGACUAUCUUUUAAGAGUGCCAAAGUCAACACAGGAGGUGUGUCAGUGGUAUAACUGUCAAGUAUUUUCUCUUCCUGGAUUAGGAGCUGAGGCUUGUAUGGCUCUCAGGGAAGUAUUAGGUUCCUGAGAGUUUUAUUCUAUGCGUCUACCACUUUAUUAUACCUUAAUCUAUUUUAUAGGGACCAGCCAGAGUCAACUUGAGGGUGGCAAUCUGGUAGAGCGCUUAAAUUUCAAACAAGGGAGGGGAAAGUCCUUUCCCCCCUAGUUUUCCGUGGUUUUCCAGAUAAAUAACUCUAGACCCAGAUGACCUUUGUAAGUGGGAUAAAGGAUGGCGGGUGUGUUGGGUUCAAUAGGCUGCAGAGGCGGGGCGGGUCACAGCGGCGAAGGCGGGUGGCGAUAGAGGCGCGCAUGCGCAGAAGGAAGCGGAAACCGGACCUGAGAGCAUGGAGGAAGGGGGCGGGGGACUUGGAGUGGCAGGGGGCAGCUUUGGGAUCCUCAGCUUCAGCACACCGGUUCCUCGUGGGAACGCAGGCCCACAGUUGGCCCUCUUCUGGUUAAUCAAGAGAAACCACCGAUCUGGGUUUUCAGGUUGUGAUUCUGGGUUUGGCUAUGGUUUGGCCAGGUAUCUGGACGAGCUGGGCUUCACUGUGUUCGCCGGAGUUCUGGAUGAACAGGGGUCCGGAGCAGAGGAAUUACGAAGAACCUGCUCCAAGCAUCUCUCUGUGUUCCAGCUGAACAUCACCAACACGCAGGAGAUAAAAGAGGCCUACAGGAAAGUGAAGGAGAAGGUGCAGAACAAAGGACUGUGGGCUGUGAUCAACAACGCCGGAGUCCUUGGCUUUCCAACCGAUGGGGAACUCAUUCCCAUGACCGAAUACAAACGAUGCAUGGCCGUGAACUUCUUCGGGGCUGUGGAAGUCACGAAGGAAUUUCUGCCUCUUCUUAGAAAAUCCAAGGGGAGGCUGGUGAACAUCAGCAGCAUGGCAGGAGGGGUUCCAAUGCAGAAGAUGGCAGCCUAUGGCUCAUCCAAGGCAGCUCUGAUCAUGUUUUCAUCAAUCCUGCGACAAGAACUGUCCAAAUGGGGAGUUAAAGUCUCUGUCAUCCAGCCCGGAGGAUUCAGGACAAACAUCUCAGGCACGAGUCGAAUGUGGGAGAAGCUGGAGAGAACUGUCCUGGACAACCUCUCCCCUGAAGUGCAAGAGGACUAUGGCCAGGACUAUAUCCUUAGCGAACGUAGUUUUCUCCGGUUAAUGAAAACCUCCUCUGAUCCGGACAUCUCCCCAGUGCUCCUGGACGUUCGGCAUGCCAUCUCUGCUCAGAGCCCCUUUGCAUUUUAUGCGCCGGGGAAAUUGUCUUAUCCGUGGCUCUGUUUUGCUUCCUUCAGCCCUACUGGCAUAUUUGAUUAUCUUAGCAGAAAAAUAUAUACCUACAGUAAGAAGAUGCCCAGAGUGUUAAGCACAUCUAACUGGGAGGAUGAGGCUAUGUAGGCAAAUCAGUGGGAAAUGUUAAGCAUCUUGGAAUAAAAAGGAAUCUCAAGCUUCUCA